UUCACAGCAGAGGAUUUCCGUAGACAAGCGGCCCAUUUCACAGAAGGUUUACAUAAAAAUUACCAUUUCUGGGACCGUGAUGCUGAUGAUGCAGCAAACAGUCCAUUCCCCCGAGCAGACAACACAAAUCAACCACAUCCAUCAUCCUCAUCCUCAAUUCAAACUCCCCUCAACGUGCAAGCUACUAGUCCAUUGGAUGCUCCACCUCUACGAUCUGUAUCCGCAUCCUCCUUCCACACUUUAUCCUCCAUUGAAAAGCCCCUCAUCGUGCAUGCGAUUAACCGGAAAGAAUCACCACCGCUUCUACCCCUUUCAUCCACACCGGCAUUCCCAUUUCAAACAUUAUCCUCUAUUCAGAGCCCCCUCAGCGUGCAUGCUAUGAACCGAAAAGAACCACCACCGCUUCUACCCCUAUCAUUAACAGCCUCAUCCUCCUUUCGAACGGCUCCCCCAUCAAUCCCUCAACCCAUCAUAUUUAAACCUCCAUCCUUAUUCUAUUUUCGUCCAAGUGAAAUAUUACCGGAAAACUCCCAAACGCCCACUAUCCUAAAGGAAGUUGAAGUGGUUGAACCAUUUUCACUGCAAAAUUCUCCAGAGGUAAUAGGUUCACUUGGAUUUUUUGAACCUACUUGAACAUGGAUCGGUGGCUCACUGAUUAUGUCAUUGACUUCACUGCUUUCAGCUUUUUUCGAAAUAUUCCAAAUUUAUAUUAUGUUAAUAUCAUUUCUGCUUCGAUUAUACUCAAUAAUACUUCAAGACUAUAAGCCAAUUCAAAAUUUCAACCCUUUCUCAAAUCCUUGGAAGGCAUAGACUAGAUGUUGUUACCGUAUAAUGUUUUUAGAGGUCAGUGGGUUUGGAUCGUACUAGAUUUAGAGCACAACAAAAUUUAUGUUCUGAAUCGUGGUGGUGCCAUGCCUUCUGAGGAGAAAACUGUUGAAAAACUCGAGCAGCUUUUUCUUGCUAGAAGUCAACAAACUAGGGAAGGAAAAUUAAACGCGUGGACUGCCUGUGUAGGGCGGGAAUUGACUUGAGGAUUUAAUAGCAAAACCUUUUGUAAAAUAAAGACAUCAAUAUUACCAGUCGAUCGUGAUGCAAUUUCAACGUUAGCACCUGUUCUAGGAAAAGACUGACGAAAUUUUGUUGCGUCCAGGCGCCAAUGUAUAGGGUGAAAACGCGGUUCUAAUCCCGCCUUCAGAUCAGAACUGUGCGUUUUGGCCGGCAGGUCAUACCGGAGCCUGAAGGGUAUGCUUUAUACUUGCGACGCCGGUGAAGUAACAUUUUUGCCAUAUUAGCCGAUUUUCGUCUCCUUGUCGCUCAUGGCCGCAAAUCCGGAAUCGCAAUCGACGCGUUACUGAAUAAUCCUCUCAAGAUUUGAAACGGAAUGGUCAUUAUCUUAAAACAUUUUUGGCUUCCUGACAUAGAGACAGUGAGCACGUAAAGAUUGGAAUAAAAUCAAUAAAAAAUUUAGUGACCGUUUUUUUGAUGAUAAUAUCAUGUGUACAAAGUGAUUGCAAUAAGACUAAAAUUUACAAAAUGGCACGUGUAAGAGAAGGAGACCGAAUAGAGAUUUUGAUGAUGAUCGGUUAUGGGAAUAGGAUGCGCACUCAGAAAGAGUUUUGUGAAAGUUUUAAUAACAAGUAUCCUCGCAGAGAACCAAUAUCUCAAUUUAAUGUGAGUAAAAUAGAAAAAAAAAAUAUCGGGUUUUGGGUCAUGUCAGGGAUAAUUAAAAUUUAUAAAAAAGGUGGGCCAAGGAUAUCGAAAGUAAAACAGCUGAAUAUUAUCCUGGCAGUUCAAGAAGACUACCAUAAAAAGAACCGCGAUAGUGCUUCGUAUAAUCAAAUCUGCCAAUCAUCCGAUUUUAAGUAUUUAAUACUAAAUAAAUGGCAUCCAUACAAAGUCCUGUUGCUUCAUGAACUCAAUGAAGAUGAAGUAACACACAUGAAUUUGUGCAAUAAUAAUCCGCAAAUUAUUAAAAGAAUUGUAUUUUCGGACGUGGCGACCUUUUGUCCCAAUGGCAGGGGAUUGCCGAGCUGCAUCCAGGCUCUGAUGGUUGUGUGCGAGUGGCUAGUACGUGUAAAGACUAAAAAUGGUUUUCUCAAGCAUACACUGGUAAAACUGUGUUUGUUACCCUUAGACAUUUGUGACGAAAGUGAUUAGACCAAAUAUAAACACCUAAUAAUUAGUGCUUUUCCUUUGAUUUAAGAUAAUGUGUAAGCUGUUCUCAGAAUUAUAAUGUUAUGUUUAUUUUAUUUAUUUUUUACAUUUGUGGUUUCUUUGAUCUUUGUAAAGAAGUAAAAUUUGUUUCAUGUUUCAUCUGUUUGAAAUAAUAAGUUGUUGUUUUGAAAGCCCAUUCUUUCAAGAGGGGCGAAAUGUUAAGCCAAUUAAUAUAUUAAUUGUAAGAUUUGUAGUUAUAGUGGCGUAGAGGGCAGUGAAUUGUAAGUAUGGCCAACGUCGCCUAAUUGUUUGUGUGCUCAGCCAAGCUGUUGGCUGGAGCCAGUCCUUUUUUUUUGAUUAAUAUGUUGAAGUCAAGCGUCACAGAGUCACGUUCACGUGAGGUGCAAUAUUUUUUAUCUC